AUUUAUUAUGUCAUAAAACAAUAAUCGUUAAUUGCAAGCAAGACCGAAUAGAAAAACUGAAUAAUCAUUUGAUUUUUUUAAAAAUACUAAAGUUUCAACUUGCAGUUAUAUAAAAAGAAAAGGAGAUGAUUUCAUUGCAGUACCAUAUUACUAUAAACCAAAUUAAAGAAAUCUAGAUUAUUUGAAGUAUUACAAGUAUUAUUAUUAGUAAAUCAAUGUAUUCAUCAUCUACUAAUCAUGAUGCUUAUAAUAAUAAACGAAGAUGUUUUUCAAGUAUGAGAAAUAAACCUUUAUCUCCUUAUAAUCCUUUAGCUCAUCGAAGUAGAUUAGCAGAUUAGAGUUUUAGAAUCUCUUCUAGUAACGUUUGCCAAAUAGAAAUUGGAGAUAGGUUAUAGAAAAUACUAAUCUUAGAAAUUAAAAAAUGACUAAGCAUUAUGUAACUUCAUAUAAGAACCAUCUGGGUAAUUUCGGAGAAACUACACCUUGUACAAAUCCAUAAAUUUUAGCAGAAAGGGCGAAAUGGAAUCACAAACUUAAAGAUAAAUGA